AUGGAACAGUCAAGUUAUGAUAUUGAGAAAGUGUAUAAAGAAUUUGUUACGAUCAGUAACUAUUUUGAGGGGGGUAAUAAUGGUCAAUUAACAGUUAAUGAAAAAUACACAGAUUUAAUCCACAAUUAUUGUCAUUACGAGAGUAACUCAGGAGAUGGUAAAUGCAGUGAUUAUUUUCAAAUGACUAGUUCUGGUGUUAUUCAUUUGCUAAAAGAUUUAAAGAAUAAGUAUGAUUUAGAAGAUGAUAAACUUGCCGAAUACGGUAUUUUAUGGUUAAUUUAUAAACUAAAACAACAUUCAGAUCAUAAAUUGACCAAUUUAAAUGAUUUUUAUACUGAUCAUAUAGUAAAAAAUAAGGAUUAUGAUAAGAAAAUAAAUGGUGAUGAUGGUCUGACUUAUAAGGAAAUUAUAGAUAAAAAAAAAGAUUUGAUGGAUAUGAAUAUUAAUGAAAUAUUUAAACUUGAAGCUCCAUUUAAUAUAUUAUAUUAUUUGUAUCAUGAAAUUUAUGAUGAAAAUUCGUUUUGCACAGAAUAUUCGGAUUAUGCUAAUAAUUUUGUUGAUCAAUUUAAAGAACUCAAUAACGAUUCUAAUAAUAUAGAAGACAGUUCAUUUAGUCAAAUAUUGUCUACAUUAUUAAAUGAUCAUAACAAUUUAAUAAAUAAAUAUGGUAAUAAAUGCCUCAAAUUUUCAUCUAUUCCAGAAUUAUCCCCAAAAAAAAGUUCUGUAGAAAUGUCUGGAAAAGAUUCUGCACAGCCUACUGCACUAAGUCCUGAAGCUACACCAUCAAGUUCGUCGAUAUUAAACACAAUAAUUCCAGGUUUAUCGACAUUUUCUGUAAUACCAGUUUUCUUGGGAGUUGCUUAUAAGACAAUAUAUAAAAAAAAAAUUAAAAAAAGUAAAGAAGAAAAUGAAACGUAA